GUGCAGAAACUUGAGUCUUUUCUUCUCUUGUCUUAAUACUACAUUUGCUUUUCUCAGUUUGUUUUUAAUAUAAGUCAUAUAAAUGGAGAAUGAGGAUGUUCCGUCAGCUCCUUCAACUCCUGCAACACCAGGGACUCCUGGUGCUCCACUUUUCGAGGGGUUCAGGGGAGAUCAAAGAGGUGGGAUCAGUAGAAAAUCCCUUCUCAAGAGCUGCAAUUGCUUCAGUGUGGAAGAAUGGUCCAUGGAAGAAGGGAGAUUACCUCCUAUCUCUUGCUCAUUACCACCUCCUCCAGUCUCACUCACAAGAAAGGUGGGAGCUGAGUUCAUAGGCACUCUCAUACUAAUCUUUGCUGGUGCGGCCACAGCCACUGUGAACCAAAAGACACAAGGUUCUGAAACUCUGAUUGGCCUGGCUGCCUCCACUGGCCUUGCUGUCAUGAUUGUUAUACUCUCCACUGGUCACAUCUCAGGGGCACAUCUCAAUCCAGCAGUCACCAUUGCCUUUGCUGCACUCAAACACUUUCCCUGGAAACAUGUCCCAGUAUACAUUGGAGCACAAGUAAUAGCAUCAUUAUGUGCUGCAUUUGCACUAAAAGGAGUAUUUCAUCCAAUGAUAGGAGGAGGAGUAACAGUUCCUUCAGAGGGAAUUGGUCAAGCUUUUGCUUUAGAGUUUAUUAUUAGCUUCAAUCUCAUGUUUGUGGUUACUGCUGUUGCCACCGACACCAGAGCUGUGGGAGAGUUGGCAGGAAUCGCGGUUGGAGCUACUGUCAUGCUCAAUGUACUGAUAGCAGGACCAUUUACAGGUGCUUCAAUGAAUCCAGUAAGAACAUUGGGACCAGCCAUAGCUGCAAAUAACUACAAAGCUAUAUGGGUCUACUUCACUGCCCCCAUCCUUGGGGCACUAUGUGGUGCAGGAACCUAUACUGCUGUCAAGCUGCCUGUUGAAGAUGGUGAAAAGCCAUCAACCGUAAGGAGCUUCAGAAGGUAAUUAGCAUCCAUCAACAGCCUGCAUAUCAGAACUUCAUGAGGAGACCUUGCAGAGACGACCAGGGGGACAAUUUCAUAAUUCUGAAACAUUAGCAUUUGAAUAUAAAUAAGCGAACUACGUUUAUCAAUCACAUAUAUAUGUGUAACAGCAUAGUCAAGCAUAGCUGUUCCUGCAAAAAAGGGGAAAAAAAAAAGGCAGGAGAAAUUAUGAGUUGACUUUCAUUUGCGAGUGUAUAUUGGAGUUUGGCUGGGUUAAAAAAGCUUCCAAACACUGAUCUCCUGGGCAAAUGACCUGAAAAAAUAAAAAAAGGUUAUUGUGUAGGUUUAUUUCUA